AUGGGCCAAGUUCAAGAAUUAGUCCCAAGUACAAGGGGCAACGGUGACCGCAUCAAUUUUAAGAAUCCACAAGCAUCCACACACAGGAAUUGGUCCAAUGCAAAUGCAUGGUGCGCAUCUCCCGGAACCCUUUUUGCCUCUUUUUCACUCGACCUCGUCUCUCUCAAGGAAUGCUUCAAAGACAAGUACAUGUGGAUUUCCACCAUUGAAUUCCAAGUGAUACCCACCACAAAAAGGAACACAAGUAGUGGCAAUAUUGUUCUUCGCUCAUCAAUGAUCAACCCUAAACUCCAUUCCUCUCCUAUAAAAAGCCAGUACGAUCAAAACCCAUUACCGACAACACAUUGCCCCUUUAUUUUCCCUUACCUAAAGGCCCCUCUCAACAAGCCCAUCUUCUCUGCCAAAAAAGAGGAGUCAUAUAUCUGGUUUGUGCGUGGAUCUGACUCCAUCACAACCGUCCAUUGCACGGCCAUCCAAUGGCGUUAG